AGGGAGUGAGAAAACGGCGGAAGCAAAAGUAGGUCACAUAAAACCCUUUCUAAAACCUCCGAAUAAGCAAUAAAAAUACGGAUACAGCCACCCAUAUCAUCAAUAUCUGUGUCCCUCCCUCCGUCCCUCCCUCCCUCCCGUAUUAUAGCAUCACUUGAUUAGUGGAGUUGCAAUUGUAAUGGCGGGGAUUGUACCUCCACCUACUACUGCGUCUUCCAAGACCAUCAAUGAAGUUCACAGCAAAGUCGAUUACAUGGACCUUCCUUGCCCUAUUCCUUAUGAAGAACUCCAUCGCGAAGCUCUCAUGUCUUUGAAGCCAGAGCUCUUUGAGGGGAUGCGCUUUGAUUUUACUAAAGGACUCAAUCAGAAAUUCUCUCUCAGCCACAGUGUUUUUAUGGGACCUAUGGAACUUCCUUCUCAAUCUUCGGAAACCAUCAAAAUCCCCACUGCUCACUAUGAGUUUGGUGCUAACUAUAUAGACCCUAAGUUGAUGCUUUUCGGGAGGGUGUUGACGGAUGGGAGACUAAAUGCCAGAGUCAAGUGUGAUUUGACCGACAAUCUUACUUUGAAGGCUAAUGCUCAGCUAACAAAUGAGCCUCAUAUGUCGCAUGCCAUGUUCAACUUUGAUUACAAGGGCAAUGAUUAUAGGACCCAGCUUCAACUAGGAAAUGGUGCCUUAUUUGGAGCCAGUUACAUCCAGAGUGUGACCCCACAUUUAUCUUUGGGUGGUGAAGUAUUUUGGGCCGGUCAACAUAGAAAGUCCGGUGUUGGAUAUGCUGCUCGGUACGAGACAGAUAAGAUGGUUGGAACUGGGCAAGUUGCUAGCACUGGAAUGGUUGCUUUGAGCUAUGUUCAGAAGGUUUCUGAGAAGGUUUCACUGGCAACAGACCUCAUGUACAACUACAUGUCAAGAGAUGUGACAGCAAGUGUUGGUUAUGAUUACAUCCUUAGACAAGCCCGUCUAAGAGGGAAAAUUGAUUCAAAUGGCUGUGCAUCAGCUUUCUUGGAAGAGCGCUUAAAUAUGGGUCUCAAUUUUAUUCUGUCUGCAGAGUUAGAUCAUAAGAAGAAAGACUACAAAUUUGGAUUUGGGUUGACAGUGGGUUAAGUGUUGUAUUGGAAGAGCAAAUGGCUCAGAAAUUUUCAAUUCUUUUGACGUAUAACUGGGUGGUAGCUGCUCAGCAAGGUCUUUCCGUCAAGGAUCUCUUUGGUACUGUUUGGGUGGUAUUUGUGUUGUGGCUGGCUGCAAACAAGUUUAGAUUUUCAUGAUGAAAAAUUUAGUAGUUUUGAUUCUAAGAGUUGUAUUUUUUUUUUUUUUUUAUUAUGUCAAAUGAAAAGUAGGGAUUGAUGAUAAUAAAUAAGGUUUUUGGUUGCAGGUA